AUUGUCGUGCUGUCGGUGUGCUUGGCGGCAGGGUUCUUGCUAUCGAUUCUCUCCUGUGCGCUGUACGGCAACUGGUGGCCACUGGCGGUGGUAUUUACAUAUGCGCUGGCGCCGCUGCCGAAUGCAGUGUUUGGGCGGUAUGUGUCGUCUGACCCGCUGGCGGACGUGAGCUCGUCGGUAGCAGACGUGGGCAGGUUUUUGACGUCGAUUUUGGUUGUGUCUGGAUUCGGGUUCCCAAUUGUGCUGGCGCACUCUGGUAUCAUUACGUCGAUGGCGAUGUACAUGAGCAUUGUGGGCGGGCUGCUGGUGUACGGAACAAUUAUUGUGUACUCGUCGCUAUUCCGCGCGCAGCAGGAGUUUUGA